GACGUCAGUUCCGGCGCGGGGCGGGGCCGCCAUGGCGAUCUUCAGCGUCUACGUGGUGAACAAGGCGGGCGGCCUCCUCUACCAGCUGGACCACUAUGCGCCCCGCGCCGACACCGAGAAGACCUUCAGCUUCCCGCUCGACCUCGUCCUGCGCCCGCACGACGAGCGCGUCGUCGUCGCCUUCGGCCAGCGCGACGGCAUCCGCGUGGGACACGCCGUGCUGGCCAUCAACGGCGCGGAGGUGAACGGGCGCUGCACGGCGGAUGGGAAGGACGUGCUGGAGUUCCUGGGCAACCCGGCCAACUACCCCGUGUCCAUCCGCUUCGGCCGCCACCGCCUCUCCUCCAACGAGAAGCUCAUGCUGGCCUCCAUGUUCCACUCGCUCUUUGCCAUCGGAUCGCAGCUGUCCCCCGAGGUGGGGAGCUCUGGGAUCGAAAUGCUGGAGACUGACACCUUCAAGCUGCACUGCUUCCAGACGCUGACAGGGAUCAAAUUCAUGGUUCUUGCUGAUCCCAGGCAGGCAGGCAUAGACUCCCUUCUCCGCAAGAUCUAUGAAAUUUAUUCUGACUUUGCUCUGAAGAAUCCCUUCUACUCUCUGGAGAUGCCAAUCAGAUGUGAGUUGUUUGAUCAGAACUUGAAACUUGCUCUGGAGGUGGCGGAAAAGUCUGGACCCUUCGGACCGGGAUCAUAG